AUGAAUAGAUCAUCGAUUAUAAUUCAACUCAGAGAGAAUAAGCAAUUUAGUUUUGAAAACCCGGAAAAACUCACCAUGAUUAAAUUAGUGGGUCAUAUUUCUCCUUUAAACCAAACAUUGUUAAACAAGAUUAUUGCUGAAAUGGUCCAAUCGUUUUUAAAAGCAACACUCGAAUUUAAUGAAGAACUCUUAGAAGGUUUCAUGUAUCCAAGAGGAAUAUACUCUCUGCUGCAUAAAUACAACCAUGAAAACCCGGAUAAAUCUGAAGCCCAUGACUUUAAAGUGCAUGAUUUAGGCCAUGCACAAAUCCUAGAUAUAAUAAACAUUAGGAGAGUGAUACUUAAAACACAGCAUGCGUUACUGAACGUAGAAGAUAGAGAUUUUGCAUUAGUCAUUCAAAACCUGUGCAAAAAACUGGAAUUUCUAGUGUACGAAUUAUUAAGGAACCUAAGCAUCUAUAUAGAGGUUCCUAGAUGCUCGAAAUUAUACAAAGUGAUACUGACCGAACAACUUCCGAACUUCCAGGAGUUUUUUUCGGCUUACAAACAACUAAAUUUAAUUACAAACGCUCUACUGGAGACUGCUAUGAAAACUGGACAAGAUAACAGCAAGUACUUCGAGAUGGAUAUUUCGUUAUCGGAAGCUGUAACCAAAUUCAUAAAAUCUAACGACAAAUGGUUGUUGAACAUGUUAAUAAACUCUAAUGGCUUUUGCGAGUAUCAAAGUUCUCAAAUAAGUGUGAACCCAGAAAGUCCACUUUCGCCGAUCAAAAUGGUACGCUCAGCAUCCUUCAAGAAAUUUAAUCAAGAAAGAAAGAAUCGCCUUCGGUUAUUUCACAGAUCUCUUUAA